AUGUUCCUCCUUCUCUCGAUGUGCAUGUGUGGUCUUCUGCUGCGAGGUGACGCACAGGACCGAGCUGCUCUGUGGAGGGGAAACGACCGAAGUGGACGAUGCCAGUACACCUUCACUGUACCCAGCCCGGUCGAGGCCAGCUGCCCGCAGACCGGAGGCCCCGAGGUGGAGGGCCUGAAGGCUAGACUCAGCCUGCUGGAGGUGCUGGUGUCCCAGCUGUCUGGGGGGGACACCGGGGGUCCCCUAGGGGCUGGAACCAGAGUUCAGCCUGAGCUUCAGGAGGCGCUGAACCGGGCCAUGGGGGAGAGGAACCUGCUACAGGGGGAGAAGGAGCGCCUGGAGGGGGAGUUGGAGGUGCUUCAGCGCAGGAUGGAGGAGAUGAGAAGGGAGACGGAGAGGCUGAGAAACAGACCAUGUCCCCCGCAGACCCCUGCGGUGCCACCAAGCCAGCCUCUGCGGAACAGUGGCCUGACGAGACCUGCAGUGGGUUCCAGUCUGAUGUCUCAGCUGAUGACCAGGCCCAACAGCCAGGGAGACAGCAGCAGUUUGAGAGACUCAGUGUGGCAGUACAGAUCUCCAAGCUUCCAGGAACUGAAGGCAGAGGUGACAGAGGUACCUGCUCCUGACGGCUCUGAGGACAACACAGGUUGUGGGGAGCUGGUUUCAAUUGGUGAGCCGGUCACUCAUAGGAAGGCCGACAACAUAGAAGGUAAAUAUGGUGUUUGGAUGCAGGAUCCCGAAGCUGUCUCCCCUUAUGGACCCAACAUGGUCUGGCGCAUUGACACCAUUGGCUCUGACGUCAGGAAGCUGUUCGGGUAUGAGGACAUGGAACAACUCUCUAAAGGCUUUCCAUCCAAGGUCCUGUUGUUGCCGGAGCCGGUGGAGAGCACUGGUGCCACUGUGUACCGAGGCUCCCUGUACUAUCAGAGGCGUCGAAGCCGCACCCUCAUCCGCUACGACCUGGCCUCUGAAAGUGUCGCAGCCCGCCGUGACCUCUCCCAUGCCGGCUUCCACGGCCAGUUCCCCUACUCCUGGGGAGGCUACACGGACAUCGACCUGUCUGUGGAUGAGCGGGGGCUGUGGGCCGUCUACUCCACCAACAAAGCCAAAGGAGCCAUCGUGAUCUCACAGCUGGACCCACACAGUCUGGAGGUGAAGAAGAGCUGGGAGACCAACAUCAGGAAGAACUCUGUGGCCAACUCCUUCAUUGUCUGCGGCAAGCUGUACACCGUGGCCAGCUACACGGCACCCGACACCAUCAUCAACUACACGUAUGACACCGAAACCAGCCAGGGGAAGUCCGUGGCCAUCCCAUUCAGGAACAAGUACCGCUACAACAGCAUGAUCGACUAUAACCUGGCUCAGAGGAAGCUGUUUGCCUGGGACAACUACUACAUGGUAUCCUAUGACCUCAGGCUGGGUCGCCAGCAGGCCAACUGA